UGUCCGCCCCCGGGCGGGGCUCGCGGCGCGUCCGCCUGUCUCUGGCCGCGCGCGCCGCAGUCUUCGCGGCUCUGCUGCGGCUCCGACGCACACAACCCGGACGGCGUGGGUGAGCGCCCCCGAAAGCUCUUGGCGAGGUGACCAUGGAGGCUGGUGGGCUCCCCUUGGAGCUGUGGCGCAUGAUCUUAGCCUACCUGCACCUUCCUGACCUGGGCCGCUGCAGCCUGGUCUGCAGGGCCUGGUAUGAGCUGAUCCUCAGCCUCGACAGCACUCGCUGGCGGCAGCUGUGUCUGGGCUGCACCGAGUGCCGCCACCCUAACUGGCCCAACCAACCUGAUGUGGAGCCUGAGUCUUGGAGGGAGGCCUUCAAGCAGCAUUACCUUGCCUCGAAGACAUGGGCCAAGAAUGCCCUGGACUUGGAGUCCUCAAUCUGCUUUUCUCUAUUUCGUCGGAGGAAGGAACGUCGUACCCUGAGUGUCGGGCCAGGCCAUGAGUUUGACAGCCUGGGCAGUGCCUUGGCCAUGGCCAGCCUAUAUGACCGAAUUGUGCUGUUCCCGGGUGUGUACGAAGAGCAAGGCGAAAUCAUCCUAAAGGUGCCUGUGGAGAUCGUAGGCCACGGGAAGUUGGGCGAAGUGACUCUGCUAGCCAGCAUUGAUCAGCACUGCUCAACCACACGCCUGUGCAACCUCGUCUUCAUGCCAGCCUGGUUCUCACCGUUCAUGUUUAAGACAACAUCAGGUCAUGUCCAGUUUGACAACUGCAACUUUGAAAAUGGGCACAUCCAGGUCCAUGGUCCAGGCACCUGCCAAGUGAAAUUUUGCACCUUCAGAAACACCCAUGUCUUCCUGCACAAUGUGCCCCUGUGUGUCCUGGAAAACUGUGAAUUUGUGGGCAGCGAAAACAACUCUGUGACUGUUGAGGGCCACCCGUCUGCAGACAAGAACUGGGCCUACAAGUACCUACUAGGGCUCAUCAAGUCCUCUCCCAGUGUGCUCCCCACAGAGGCUUCUGACUCUUUACUGUCCCUGGACCUGGAGAGCAGAGACCAGGCCUGGAGCCCAAGGACCUGUGACAUUGUCAUCGAGGGCAGCCAGAGCCCUACCAGCCCAACCUCUAGCUCCCCAAAGCCAGGAUCCAAGGCUGGCUCACAGGAGGCAGAAGUGGGCAGCGAUGGGAAGGAAAGAGUAGCCCAGACCCCAGACAGCAGCGAUGGAGGCCUGAGUCCCAGCGGUGAGGAUGAGGACGAGGACCAGCUCACAUACAGACUGUCCUACCAAGUGCAGGGCCCGCGCCCUGUUCUGGGGGGCUCCUUUCUGGGCCCACCUCUGCCAGGAGCAUCCAUUCAGCUGCCCAGCUGCCUAGUGCUGAACUCACUGCAGCAGGAACUGCAGAAAGACAAGGAAGCCAUGGCACUGGCCAGCUCCGUGCAGGGCUGCCUCAUCCGCAAGUGCCUUUUCCGGGACGGGAAGGGAGGCGUCUUUGUGUGCUCCUAUGGCCGAGCCAAGAUGGAAGGAAACAUCUUCCGGAACCUGACUUACGCAGUGCGGUGUAUACAUAAUAGCAAGGUUGUCAUGCUCAGGAAUGACAUUCACCGCUGCAGAGCAUCAGGCAUCUUUCUUCGCUUGGAGGGCGGAGGCUUGAUCGCUGGCAACAACAUUUACCACAAUGCGGAGGCUGGUGUAGACAUCCGGAAAAAAUCCAACCCACUCAUACUGUGUAACCAGAUCCACCACGGCCUUCGCUCUGGCAUUGUCGUCCUCGGCAAUGGGAAAGGCAUCAUCCGGAACAACCAAAUCUUUUCAAAUAAGGAAGCUGGCAUUUAUAUCCUAUACCAUGGAAAUCCAAUUGUGAGUGGGAACCACAUUUUCAAGGGCCGUGCAGCUGGCAUAGCAGUGAACGAGAAUGGCAAAGGCCUCAUCACAGAAAAUGUCAUCCGUGAGAAUCAGUGGGGAGGUGUGGACAUCCGCCGCGGGGGGGUCCCUGUCCUCAGGAGCAACCUCAUCUGCUUUGGCUAUUCAGAUGGUGUGGUCGUGGGAGAUGAAGGCAAAGGACUGAUAGAAGGAAACACUAUCUACGCUAAUAAGGGCUGUGGUGUGUGGAUGAUGUCAUCCAGCCUGCCCCACGUCACCAGCAACCACGUCAGCUACAAUGGCCUGUAUGGAGUGGCAGUGUUUAGCCAGAAGGAUGGUUCCGGUGAGUUCCCUGGAGGCCAUGGGGCCCAGGAGAACUUCAGUGAGGAUGGGGAUGCCAUCCUCUGGGAGACAGAGCUGGAGAAGGACGAGGACCCGCUGCGCAGGCCUGUCACCAUAGCUCUUGUCGAGUCUAACAGUAUUAAUCACAAUGGAGCCUCAGGACUCUAUGUCCAGAGCAGUGAGGCACUGCAUGUCAUCACCAACGUGAUCCACGCUAAUGGGGACAGAGGUAUCACUGUGGCCCAGAGCAGCCAGCUCACCCGUGUGACUAACAACAGCAUCUCCUGCAACCGCCAGAGUGGGGUCAAAGUCGAGGCCCAGUGCAAGGUGGAGCUCCGGGGCAAUGGUAUCUAUGACAACAGAGGCCAUGGCAUUAUCACCAAGGGCGACAGCACCGUUGUCAUUGAAAACGACAUCAUUGGCAACCGGGGCAGUGGGCUGCAGCUGCUGCCCAGGUCUGACACUAAGGUAAUAAAGAACCGAAUCCAUUCAUUCCGGGCCUACGGCAUCGCAGUGCGGGGCCGCACCAAGGCUCUGGUGCAGGAGAACAUCAUAUUCCAGGGCAAGACCAACAAGACCAUCUUUCAGCAGAUCUCAAACAACCGAGAAUGCAUCUUGCAAAACAACAAGUUCUUGGUCUUCAAGAAAACGUCUGAUACAUGGCGCCUGGUGAACCCACCAGCACGCCCUCACCUUGAAAACUCUCUCCGAGGCCCCUCUGCAGCCCAUAGUGGGCAGAAAGUGACAGCCAUGGCAACUAGGAUUACGGCCCACGUAGAAGGUGGGUACCACAGCAACCGUAGCAUCUUCUGCACCAUCCUGUAAGGAUGGAGAGUCACAGAGUGGGGCAAAUGGAGCGCUGUCCAAAGACUCGGAGCAGCAACCACAUACCCUGCUCUCAAGCCCGGACAGUGCUCAGCAGAGCUAAGAGGCGAGGCCUUCAGGAUGGAAGAAGCAGUGCCUAAGAAGAUUCCAGGUCCUCCUCUUCACCACGGCCCUGACCAAACAGGCUCCUAGAGCUCCUGGGGACUAAGAACAAGGUACUUCUAAAACCCUCCAGCUCUACAGUCUUCAGUAGGAAGGAACUUGGAAGUGUUUUUCAAAGAGAAAAAGGAACAGAAAUUGGUGGGUUUCCAGUCACUCAAGCUCUUGCAGAGAUAAUGAAGAGCUGGGGAAAAAUUGAUGCUGAAGCUUUGGGCAGGGUUUUCUCUUUGAGUUACAGGGAGCUGUGUUUUGCACACACCAAAUCCAAACUCUUCUCAGGGAAGAGAUUUACUCCUGAGAGAGGGAAAUGAUUCUAAUGAGGUGGAAGUCAAGACAGCUGCCCCAGAAUUUUCUUUCCUAGACCUCUCUCUCAGUCUCUCCAGAGACACCUGCCUGCAGAGGCUAGAGCUGAGUUUGGUUUCAUUAAGGACAUAGCUCUCUUAGACAUGAACCUCUGAAGGAAGAAGGGGCUUGGGAUAGGGAGCCCCUCUUAAAAAGCUGCCCUAGGGAUGACAAGGGACAUGCCAAAAACCGGAGGGACACGUGGAGGUUUCCUUCAAGUGGCUCAGGUGCCAGGAAUGGUGUGGGGAUGCACACGACUCCCCUCUACCCUCAAGGAGCUCCCACACUCAGGAGGAUGUUAGCUCAGUGCCUACCACACAAGGAGGAUUCAGAUCCCACAAGCAUACCCACACCAGCUGCCCCCGCUCCGAGCACCAGACUGGUGGAGAUGGAGGUGCCUAAGGCCCCUCGUCUGUAUCCAUGUUCUCAUGGAUAACCACCUGCCUUUACUGACCCUCCAUGGUUUCCACUGUGCCUUGGCUCAUGCUCUCCCCUCUUCCUGGCAUGCCCUUCUAACUGCCCAUGCCCAGGUUCUACCCAUUCUUCAAGGUGUAGCUCAGACCCUGCCAUCUCCACAGAGCACUCAUCUCCCUGCGGAUGACAAUGCUCUUCCCCCUCUGACCCUCCCCUGCCCUUUCUCUGCCCACCUUGGGUACUGAGCACUUUCUGCCUUGGAGUUAUCCAGGUCCAUCCCUGUCCCACUCACCUGCCUAAGACCAGGUCUCACUGUCUGUGUUCCUAGUAUGCAGCCCAGGCCUGAAGUAAGGUCAGUAGCCUGAGUGAGGAAAGGAAAGCCAGUUCCCACAGGGCUUUACUGAACUGUACUGUGAGCGUGUCAAGGUUCCAGAGCCACAUGGGCUCACGCCCUGCCCUGACUCCUUGAGGAAGAGGGCUGGACACAGGACCCAUUCAGCCUGAACACCCGCUCCAGCUUGGCCUUUCAUGCAGGGCCUUCACCAGCCUGUUGAGGUUGCCGUCGUGCACCUCACCAAUGGCUUCCCAGGCUGGUUCCACUAGGCCCUCGGUGCUGCUCUUACAAGUCAGGUGGCUAGAGGGAGCCAGGGACACUGGCUUCUUCUCGAGGGCUUUGGGCACAAGAGCGCUGGCCCCUCCCAUCCCCACAUUGUCCUUUGCACUUCGCUGUACAAAAUGCCGCCUUUAUUAUUUUGUAAGAAAUGACUUUUUGUGAACCAAGUGCUUAUGAAAAUCUCAGAAACUAAAAUAAAGUUCUAUAUUUUAAAAGAGGUA